UCACCACAGAGCUGUUCUUGCAGCCUUGGCCCUCAGCAGAGCAUCACUCCACCUCAUCAGCCAAGGUCCAUUUUCUGCCUGCAUCCUGGUGCAGCCAUGCUGGCCACAGCAGUGUGGCUCUCGGUCUUGUUCAGCCUCCUCGGCUUUGGAAAAGGCCAGAUGUUUCACAUGGGACCAUGCCCAGAUCCAGCAGUCCAAGAAGACUUCGAUAUCAAUCAGUAUUUGGGGAAAUGGUACGAGAUAGAGAAGCUGCCCUCAAGUUUCGAGAAAGGAAGCUGCAUCCAGGCAAACUACUCAUUGAAGGAGAAUGGGAAGUUCAAGGUGAUCAACAAGGAGUUGCUCUCCAAUGGCAAAGUCAAUGAAGUCGAAGGAGAAAUCAUGCACAUGGAUGUGAAGGAGCCAGCCAAGCUGGGCGUCCGCUUUAACUGGUUCAUGCCUUCAGCCCCUUACUGGGUCAUCUCCACCGACUAUGAAAACUACUCACUGGUUUACUCCUGCACCAACAUUCUCUGGCUCUUCCACAUUGACUAUGCCUGGAUUUUAUCAAGAGCUCCCGACAUGCACCCAGAAACUGUGGAACAUCUGAAGAGUGUUCUCCAGUCCUACAAGAUCGACACUGAGAAAAUGAUGCCCACGGAUCAACUUAACUGCCCUUCUGAGAUGUAACUCCGGCAUGCAGUGACACAGCACCAGACCAGCAAUGAACUUCGUUGCUUUCUGUGUUAUCCAUUAGAAUUUCUCUAUGUAACAGAGAAAUGCAAUAAUCCCUUGCUAACAGUAGUUUGCCAGCCCUGAGUUAUGCUUUGCUGAUGUUCUCUCUAUCGUGCUUC